AUGUGGUCGGUCUUGAAGAAAUUUAGGAAGGAAGAAGAAGAUGUACCAAAUCUGUUCCUACAAAAUGGAAGUGCACUGUUGGAAGAGCUUAUUUCUUUUUCUAGUGGAACAUAUGACAUUCCUAUCCGUAGUUACAGUGCUCAACAACUUGUUAAGGCCACAAACAACUUCGCUGGACGUGUCCAUGCUAGCACCUACGGUUACAUCUGUAGAGGAACUCUGCAAGGCCGCUCUAUCUUGGUCAAAAUGUUCAUAAAUAUUCCAGGUAAUCCGGCCUCACAUUCCGACUUUGACAUUCUUGCUGGAGCUGUACGUGACAUUGCAGUCACAUCACUAAUGAGCAGAGAUAAGAAUGUUUUAAAGAUUAUAGGUUGUUGUUUGGAAUUCAGAUAUCCAGCACUAGUGUAUGAGGAUGCCAGAUUCGAGAUUCUCGCUAAUUUCCUUGACCCCAAUUGCGAUAAAUUGUUAAGUUGGAAAA